GGGAUUGCAUUGAGCACUGUAAGAGCGUUUCUUGGGAACGAUCGGUCUCCAGGAAGUGCGUGACGUUUACUUAAUCAUAGUCAUUGAAUAGUAGGAGUAGAUGAACAGUUGGAGUGCAAAGUCCGCAAACCAAAACACUCGCUACUGCAAAUUAUCCUCAAAUUAUAAGCGAUUGUCUCAUCUGCUGGAAUGGCUCCACUACUGAGCUCGUCAUGUAGGAUGUUGCUUUUCUUGCUUCUUGUUGGAGUAUGUUUCACGAAACUUACAAGGGAUGGAGUGAGGUCCGAACUCAACAUCUUUCAUCACUCAUGUGCCCUGAAGAAGAAUGAAGGGCCUUGCAAGGCAAUGAAGGACAGGUUCUACUUUGACAUUAACACAGGUCGCUGUGAGCCCUUUGAAUAUGGAGGUUGUCAAGGCAAUGAAAACAAUUUCGAGACCCUGCAGGAGUGUGAGGAAAUGUGUCUUGUGAAAGAGAAUAAGAGUCCAUGCCACCUGGAGGAUGAACCCGGGCCAUGUCGAGGGCUGGUUCCUCGCUAUUUUUUCGAUCACAAGAGCCAGGAAUGCAAACAAUUCUUUUAUGGUGGUUGCUUUGGGAAUGCUAACAACUUCAAGACCAGAAAAGAAUGCCAGGCCCGAUGUAUACUUAAUUCGAACCACAUGGAGGUAAAUGCUCCAGCAAAACCAGAGGAAGAAGAGGCCAAACCUGCCGCAGAACCCUUUGCUAAACGUGAGUUCACACCCUCUGAAAUCUGCAUGAGUCCAAUUGAUAGGGGCGAUUGUGAUGGCUCAGAGAGACGAUUCGCCUACAACUCCAGGAUUGGGAGAUGCCAGAUGUAUCGCUACAGUGGCUGUGGAGGCAACAAAAACAACUUUGCCCACAAGAGACACUGCAUUAAGAUGUGCAUGAAAGAUCACAACCGGAGAAAGCAAAUACGAAUCAAGAUGAGGAACUCAAACAUCUUAUUACGAUCUGUCUAGGACAAACAACAUUGUAUGCUUUGGGUAUCAUGGUAGAGAAAAUAAGAAACAGUAUCUGCCACAUCAUUGCCUCACACAUUAUUGUCAUUCAUAAAUAAUUUAUGGAGUAAUAAUGGAUUUCAACUUGGACUUCAAAUAAAAAGAGAUGUUGCGUA